AUGCUCGACAUUGGCAUUAUAGGCGCCGGCAUAGGAGGCCUGUCCGCUGCCUUGGCCCUUACCCGUGCCAGCCCCUCCUCCACCAUCACCAUCUUCGAAAAGUCCCAAUUUCGGAACGAGACCGGCGCAGCGAUAAUCAUCGGUCCGAAUGGAACCAGGAUCCUGUCACGAUGGGGCUUCGACUUUGCACAAGCUGGAGCGCUGGACUACUUACAGAUGCGCCGGAUCAAAGCUGACACGAUUGAGGAGGACUCUACGGAGCAGUUUGAGGGCAUUGAGGGACUGUAUGGUGCGCGGUGGUUGAUGUUCCACAGGGCAGACUUACAUGCUGGACUUACGAGGUUGAUUCGGGAGCAGAGUGAAAGGAUACAUCUUCGUCUUGGCGAGGCGGUGGAAGGCGUUGACCCAGAAGAGGGAACGAUCACGCUCAGUGAUGCUGGGAUCGUCCAAAAAGACCUCCUCAUCAUCGCCGACGGCGCACACAGCAACCUGAUCAGCACAAUCAUUGGUCGCAACUAUCCAGUCAUCAAAUCACCCAUGUCAAUGUAUCGCUUCCUACAACCUAUGAACAGCAUCCUAGCCAACCCUCAAACCAGACAAUUCUACCACAACCAACCCAGCGGCUUCACAACAUUCUACAAGUCCGAAGUCGGGCGACCAGGACUCCUCCUCAACACCUACCCCUGCCGAGGCGGCGAACUCUUGUACGCAGCCCUCCUCCAUCCCACCAAACCCAAAGAGAGAGAUGUAGAAGGAUGGGACUCACCCGCCAGCAUCCAAGAUAUCCUCGACGACGCAAAAGGUUUUCACCCCUCCGUCCGCGCAAUCUGCGAAGGCGCCACAGACGUAAAAGUCUACAGGAAUAUGUGGCGCGAUCCAGUCGAAACACUCGUCAAAAGCCGCGCAAUACUCAUUGGCGACGCAGCUCACUUGAUGCUCCCAACUCACGGCCAGGGCGCUUCACAAGCCCUAGAAGACGCAAUGGCACUGGAGGUGCUCUUCGACAAAAGCACAAAGUCCGACGAUGUGCCGCAUCGAGCACAGCUUUUUAAUAAACUUAGAGUACCGCGUGUAAGUGCCGUGCAGACAAUUUCGAACAAGAUGAUGGGAUCACCAGACAAGAUGACCUCAGAGGUCAAGAGGUACUAUGAUCGUCCAGUACCAGGGCCUGGAGCCAAGACUUUCUCCAAAGAGUAUAACGAUUUUUUCUUCCUGUAUGAUGUGGCGGAAGAGGCGAGGAAGAUUUUGAGAUUGUGA